AUGUGUGGAACCCACCGGCGAAUCAAGGUUUACACGGCGUCAUUUGCUUUCUUCGAGGCGCUCUGGGAGGCGGGGGUCAGCCAUGUCUUUGUCAACCUGGGGUCAGACCACCCCUCUAUCCUAGAAGCGAUCGUCAAAGGCCAGAGAGAGAAAAGAGGGGCUUUCCCCACAAUCAUCACCUGUCCCAAUGAGAUGGUCGCUCUGUCCAUGGCCGACGGAUACGCCCGGCUUACCGGUAAGCCCCAGUGUGUCAUCGUGCAUGUCGAUGUCGGCACUCAGGGGUUGGGCGCUGCCGUUCAUAACGCCUCGUGCGGUCGGGCCCCGGUGCUGAUCUUUGCGGGCCUGUCCCCCUUUACCCUUGAGGGGGAGAUGCGGGGUUCCCGUACGGAAUACAUCCAUUGGAUCCAGGAUGUUCCCGACCAGAAGCAAAUCGUCUCUCAGUACUGCCGAUAUUCUGGAGAGUUCAAGACGGGAAGGAAUGUUAAGCAGAUCGUCAACAGAGCUCUGCAGUUUGCAACCAGUCAUCCGCAGGGUCCUGUAUAUCUAGUGGGCGCCAGAGAGGUCCUGGAGGAAGAGAUUCAGCCCUACACUAUCAACCAAAAUACGUGGAGAGCCGUGGAGCCCACAGCAUUGCCUCGGGAUGGCGUCAGGCAAAUCGCGGAGGCCCUGGUGUCUGCCAGACAACCGCUGGUAAUUACAGGCUACAGCGGACGAAAUGCAUCCGCAGUAACAGAGCUCGUCACCCUCGCGGACACGGUCCAUGGCCUCCAGGUCAUUGACUGCGGCGGAAGCGACAUGUGUUUCCCAGCCAACCACCCAGCAUACCUGGGGCUUCGCUAUGGAGUCCAUGACAAAAUCAAAACCGCAGACGUCAUUCUCGUCAUCGAUUGCGAUGUCCCCUGGAUCCCCACCCUUUGCAAGCCCUCUGACUCUGCCAAGAUUUUCCACGUCGAUGUCGAUCCCCUGAAGCAGCAAAUGCCUGUCUUCUACAUCCCAGCCCUGGCCACCUAUCGUGCUGAUUCCUCCACUUCCCUGCACCAGCUCAACCAGUACAUCUCCAGCAACAACUCCCACGCCCAGACCCUUAGAAGCCAAGAAUACACUUCCCGCCGUGCCGCCAUUGAAGACGCCCACAAGGCCCAUCUCCACUCCCUCGCAACCCAAGCCGCCACACCGACCGGCGGGCCAAGCGCCUCCUUAAACGCAGCGUACCUGAUCUCCCAAAUCCGCUCCGCCUGCCCCGCAGACACUAUCUGGUGCAUCGAAGCCGUCACCCUCACCGGCUUCGUCGCAGAGCACAUCCAACCCACCCUUCCAAACUCCUGGAUAAACUGCGGCGGCGGCGGUCUCGGCUGGUCCGGCGGCGCCGCGCUGGGCAUCAAGCUAGCCUCCGACGACCAGCACGGCGGAGCCGGAAAGGGCAAGUUCGUCUGCCAAAUCGUCGGCGACGGCACGUACCUGUUCAGCGUGCCGGGAUCCGUGUACUGGAUUGCGCGCCGCUACAACAUCCCCGUGCUCACCAUUGUGUUGAAUAAUAAGGGCUGGAAUGCGCCGCGGCGGAGCAUGUUGCUUGUGCAUCCGGAUGGGGAUGCGUCGCGGGCGACGAAUGAGGAGCUGAAUAUUUCGUUUGUGCCGACGCCGGAUUAUGCGGGCAUUGCGAAAGGCGGCGGCUGGCGGGGAGUUGUGGGCUGGAUGUGCCGGGUCGGUGGGGGAGUUGGCGGAGUUGUUGCCCAAGGCCGUUGA